AUGGCUCCAUGGCAGUACCUUCGACAGCGACCUGCAGGGCUCCUGCUUUGCGUGGCGCAUCCUGGUGAGAUUGUCUUUGUGCCUGCUGGGUGGUGGCACGCUACCUGGAAUUUGGACGAUUUCGGACUGGCAGCAGGCUGGGAGGGCGGCGAUUCUGCGCAGUGGGGGGUAGAGAUGCAUGCUGUAGCGGAUGGAAAUGUUGCUGAGCUGCAGGAGCUUUUGUCUGCUCAGGAGGUUACGAAGCCUCUCCUCGUCCUGUCUGCAAGAGCGGGGCGACUUGAAGUACUGGAGCUUCUGUUGAGCCAGGGUGGUGGCCGCUCCAUCCUCGAGAGGCAUGCAGCUUCGGCAGCAAUCGCAGCUGCAAG